UUCGCGGUGACGCACAUGACCAAGGCCCACCUGUUCUGGGACGGGCGGGUGCAGUGGGUGCCCCCCGCCAUCUACAAGAGCUCCUGCAGCAUCGACGUCACCUUCUUCCCCUUCGACCAGCAGAGCUGCAAGAUGAAGUUCGGCUCCUGGACCUACGACAAGGCCAAGAUCGACCUGGAGAACAUGGACCGCCAGGUGGACCUCAAGGACUACUGGGAGAGCGGCGAGUGGGCCAUCAUCGACGCCGUGGGCACCUACAACUCCAAGAAGUACGACUGCUGCUCCGAGAUCUACCCCGACAUCACCUUCUACUUCGUCAUCCGCCGCCUGCCGCUCUUCUACACCAUCAACCUCAUCGUGCCCUGCCUGCUCAUCUCCUGCCUCACCGUGCUCGUCUUCUACCUGCCCUCGGACUGCGGCGAGAAGAUCACGCUGUGCAUCUCCGUCCUGCUCUCCCUCACCGUCUUCCUGCUGCUCAUCACCGAGAUCAUCCCCUCCACCUCGCUCGUCAUCCCGCUCAUCGGCGAGUACCUGCUCUUCACCAUGAUCUUCGUCACGCUCUCCAUCAUCAUCACCGUCUUCGUGCUCAACGUGCACCACCGCUCGCCGCGCACGCACGCCGUGCCCCGCUGGGUCCGCGCCGUCUUCCUGGAGUUCCUGCCCCGCUGGAUCCUCAUGAGGAGGCCGCCGGCGCUCCCGGCGCUGCCCGGCGAGGGCGGCGGGGGGUCCUGCGACCCGGCCGGGGCGCGGCUCAGCGCGUCCCGCUGCUGGCUGGAGACCGACGUGGAUGACAAGUGGGACGAGGAGGAGGAGGAGGAGGAGGAAGAGGAGGAGGAGGAGAAGGAGCAUCCCGGUUGUGUUUCCCCCAAGGAAUCCCGCGCCCGCUACGGGAGCCGGGCGGGAAAGGGGUCCGGGGGUUCCGCCCCCCGCGUGGCCCCCAAGGGGAAUGAGGAGGGGAAGAAGGAGAAGAAGGAAGAAGAGGAGGAGGAGGAGGAGGAAGGCUCGGGGCGGGCGCUGUCGCCGCGGCUGCUGCGGGCGCUGGAGGGGGUGCAGUACAUCGCCGACCACCUGCGCGCCGAGGACGCCGACGGAUCCGUGAAGGAGGACUGGAAGUACGUUGCCAUGGUGAUCGACCGCAUCUUCCUCUGGAUCUUCAUCAUCGUCUGCCUGCUGGGAACCGCCGGGCUCUUCCUGCCCCCCUACCUGGCCGGAAUGAUCUAGGAAUUCCUUGGGAAUGGCGGGAAUGGUCGACGGAGCCCCUGGGAAUGGUCUAGGAAUGCUCUGGGAAUGGCAGGAAUGGUCCAGGGAUCCCCUGGGAAUGGUGGGAAUGGUCUAGGGAUCCCCUGGGAAUGGUGGGAAUGAUCCAGGGAUCCCCUGGGAAUGGUGAGAAUGGUCUAGGGAUCUCCUGGGAAUGGUCUAGGGAGCCCCUGGGAAUGGUCGAGGGAUCUCCUGGGAAUGGUCUAGGGAGCCCCUGGGAAUGACA